GUAUUCGGCCCAUUUGUGGCCGAUAUUAAACGACCUUCAAAACGUUUUGUGUCGAAGCAAUCCGCACCAUGGGCUGCGCACAGAGUGCUGAGGAAAGGGCAGCAGCCGCCAGAAGUCGUUUGAUUGAACGCAAUCUGAAAGAGGAUGGGAUACAGGCAGCAAAGGAUAUUAAACUUUUGUUAUUGGGUGCUGGUGAAUCGGGCAAAAGUACAAUUGUUAAACAAAUGAAAAUUAUCCACGAAAGUGGGUUCACUCCUGAGGAUUUCAAACAGUAUAGACCGGUUGUUUACAGCAACACAAUACAAUCAUUAGUUGCAAUACUUAGAGCAAUGCCAAAUCUUAGUAUUCAGUUUAGUAAUAAUGAAAGAGAGAAUGAUUCCAAAAUGGUAUUCGAUGUGUGUUCACGCAUGCACGACACUGAACCCUUCUCAGAGGAACUUUUAGCUGCCAUGAAACGGCUAUGGCAAGAUGCCGGUGUUCAAGAGUGCUUCUCGCGUAGCAACGAAUAUCAAUUAAACGAUUCAGCUAAAUAUUUCCUGGACGAUUUGGAUCGGUUAGGCGCCAAAGAUUAUCAACCAACCGAACAGGAUAUAUUGCGUACUCGUGUCAAAACAACUGGUAUUGUUGAAGUGCACUUUUCAUUUAAAAAUCUUAACUUCAAGUUGUUUGAUGUGGGCGGCCAACGUUCGGAACGAAAGAAAUGGAUCCAUUGCUUUGAAGAUGUAACUGCGAUUAUAUUUUGUGUUGCCAUGUCCGAAUAUGAUCAAGUUUUGCAUGAAGAUGAAACUACAAACCGAAUGCAAGAAUCAUUAAAACUAUUUGACUCCAUUUGCAACAAUAAAUGGUUUACGGAUACUUCGAUCAUUUUAUUCUUAAACAAAAAGGAUUUAUUCGAAGAGAAAAUCCGAAAGAGUCCACUGACAAUCUGUUUCCCUGAAUAUACAGGUGGUCAAGAAUAUGGUGAGGCAGCUGCAUAUAUCCAGGCUCAAUUUGAAGCGAAAAACAAAUCAACCUCAAAAGAAAUUUACUGCCACAUGACGUGUGCUACAGACACAAACAAUAUACAAUUUGUAUUCGAUGCUGUCACCGAUGUUAUCAUCGCCAAUAAUCUCAGAGGUUGCGGUCUUUAUUAA